AUGGACCAAAAUGAAUGCAGCUACUCGGAUAAGAAAGACCAACCCAGCAGAGGAUCAGAGCUGAGAAUCAUCCUGGUCGGCAAAACAGGAACCGGUAAAAGUGCCACAGGGAACGGCAUCCUGGGGAAGCGAGCCUUUGUGUCCCAGCUGUGCGCCCAGACCUGCACUAAGACCUGCAAUGAAAGUCGAGGAAGCUGGGGUGAGAGAGAGAUGGUCAUUAUUGACAUGCCAGAUAUGUUUUCUGGGAAGGACCACUCUGAUCUCCUGUACACAGAGGUGCACAGGUGCUACCUGCUGUUGGCCCCAGGACCCCAUGUGCUACUCCUGGUGACGCAGUGGGGCCGAUUCACCACCCAGGACCAGCAGGCCGCACAGAGGGUCAAGGAGAUCUUUGGAGAGGAUGCCAUGAGACACACAAUUAUCCUCUUCACCCACAAGGAAGACCUUGGUGGAGAAUCCUUGAUGUAUUACAUCUACAACUCAGAAAAUAAAGCUCUAGGCAAGCUGGUGGCAGCGUGUGGGGGGUGAGCAUGUGGCUUUAAUAACCGAGCCAAAGGGAGUGAUAGGGAUAACCAAGUGAAGGAGCUAAUGGACUUGAUUGAGGGCCUGAUGAUGGAGAAAAAAGGUGACCACUUUACCAAUGAGCUUUACAGCCUAGUGACAGGGUCAGAAUGUGGACCUGUGCGGUCAGAGGAAAGAUUAAAGGAUUUCAAAGGGAGUCUUAAAAAGGACAUGGGAAUUCAGAGACCUCGCACAACGAUGGCCAAGGAAAAUUGCCUGAAAAGAGGCCUAAAUUUUAUUUGGUUGUUUGUCAGAUUUCUAAUUCUGAUAUUUUGUGUAUUGCUCAGAAUAUGCAUGUUUUACUGCUUAUUCUGUAGUAUGUGCAAUUUGUUCUGUAGCAUAUUGUCCAUUAUCCUCGGAAAAUUAUUGAUAAUUCCCAGAAAGACCAUUGUUGCAGAAUGCAAGACUCCUAGAUGA